UUUAGACACAAGCGAGAGGAUCAUGGCGGAUGGCCCCAGGUGUAAGCGCAGAAAGCAGGCGAACCCGCGGCGCAAUAACGUGACAAAUUAUAAUACUGUGGUAGAAGCAAAUUCAGAUUCAGAUGAUGAAGACAAACUCCAUAUUGUGGAGGAAGAAAGUGUUACAGAUGCAGCAGAUGGUGAAGGUGGUGUGCCAGAAGAUGACCUGCCAGCAGACCAGACAGUGUUACCAGGGGGCAGCGAGAGGGAAGGUGGCACGCAGAGCUGCUGGGAGGAUGAGGCAGGAAAGGAAGGACAAGAAAUCCUGGGGCCUGAAGCUCAAGCAGAUGAAGUGGGAUGUGCAGUAAAAGAUGACGAAUGUGACUCAGAUGCAGAAAAUGAACAAAACCAUGAUCCUAAUGUUGAAGAGUUCCUACAACAACAAGACACUGCUGUCAUUUAUCCUGAGGCACCUGACGAGGACCAGCGGCAGGGCACGCCCGAAGCCAGCGGUCACGAUGAAAACGGAACGCCAGAUGCAUUUUCCCAGUUACUCACCUGCCCGUACUGUGAUAGAGGCUACAAACGCUUUACCUCUCUGAAAGAACACAUUAAAUAUCGCCAUGAAAAGAAUGAAGAUAACUUUAGUUGCUCACUGUGCAGUUACACCUUUGCAUACAGAACCCAGCUUGAACGUCACAUGACAUCACAUAAAUCAGGAAGAGAUCAAAGGCACGUGACGCAGUCAGGAGGUAAUCGUAAAUUCAAGUGCACUGAAUGUGGAAAAGCUUUCAAAUACAAGCACCACCUAAAAGAGCACCUAAGAAUCCACAGUGGAGAGAAGCCAUACGAAUGCCCAAACUGCAAGAAACGUUUUUCCCAUUCUGGUUCCUAUAGCUCACACAUAAGCAGCAAGAAAUGCAUCAGCUUGAUGCCUGUGAAUGGGCGACCACGGACAGGACUCAAAACGCCCCAGUGUUCCUCGCCGUCUCUGUCGGCAUCCCCGGGCAGUCCCACACGACCACAGAUACGGCAGAAGAUAGAGAAUAAACCCCUUCAAGAACAACUUUCUGUAAACCAAAUUAAAACUGAGCCUGUGGAUUAUGAAUUCAAACCCAUAGUGGUUGCUUCAGGAAUCAACUGUUCAACCCCUUUGCAAAAUGGGGUUUUUAGCGGUGGUGCCCCAUUACAGGCAACCAGUUCUCAGGGUGUGGUGCAAGCUGUCGUCCUGCCAACGGUUGGUUUGGUGUCUCCCAUAAGUAUCAACUUAAGCGAUAUUCAGAAUGUACUUAAAGUGGCAGUAGAUAGUAAUGUAAUAAGGCAAGUUUUGGAGAAUAAUCAAGCCAAUCUUGCAUCCAAAGAACAAGAAACAAUCAGUGCUUCAGCCAUACAGCAAGGCGGCCAUUCUGUUAUUUCAGCUAUCAGUCUUCCGUUGGUUGAUCAAGAUGGAACAACCAAAAUUAUCAUCAACUACAGUCUUGAGCAGCCUAGCCAACUUCAAGUUGUUCCUCAAAAUUUAAAAAAAGAAAAUCCUGUCCCCACCAACAGUUGCAAAAGUGAAAAAUUACCAGAAGAUCUUACUGUUAAAUCUGAAAAGGACAAAAGCUUUGAAGGGGGAGCGAAUGAUAGCACUUGCCUUCUGUGUGACGACUGUCCAGGAGACCUCCGUGCGCUUCCAGAGUUAAAGCACUAUGACCUAGAGCAGCCCGCUCAGCCUCCCCAGCCAGCUGCCCCGGAAGCCGAGAGGCCCGAGUCCUCAGUCUCAGCAGGUACUGGCGACGGCAGUUUGUCUCCCAGUCAGCCACCUUUAAAGAACCUUUUGUCUCUUCUAAAAGCCUAUUAUGCUUUGAAUGCACAGCCCAGUGCAGAGGAGCUCUCAAAAAUUGCCGAUUCAGUAAACCUACCCCUGGACGUAGUAAAGAAGUGGUUUGAAAAGAUGCAAGCUGGACAAAUCGUAGUGCAGUCUUCUGAGCCGUCUUCUCCUGAAUCAGGCAAAGGGAGUGUUCCUGCAAAGAACAAUGACCAGCCUCAAUCCACAAAUGCAAGUGAACCCCAAGACAGCACAACAAAUCCACAGAGUCCUCAGAAGAUGACUACAUCUCCAGUGCUACCAGUGGGGUCAGCCAUCAAUGGCUCCAGAAGUAGUACACCCUCCCCAUCGCCACUAAACCUUUCUUCAUCCAGAAGUACACAGGGUUUCUCGUACACAGCAGAGGGUGCACAGGAGGAGCCACAAGUCGAACCUCUCGACCUUUCACUACCAAAGCAACAGGGGGAGUUAUUGGAAAGGUCAACGAUCACUAGUGUUUACCAGAACAGUGUUUAUUCUGUCCAGGAAGAACCCUUGAACUUGUCUUGUGCAAAAAAGGAGCCCCAGAAGGACACUGGCAUUACAGACUCAGAACCAGUUGUCAGUGUCAUCCCACCAAGUGCCAACCCCAUCAACAUCGCCAUCCCUGCCGUCACUGCCCAGCUGCCCACCAUCGUGGCCAUCGCUGACCAGAACAGUGUCCCGUGCCUGCGUGCCCUUGCUGCCAAUAAGCAGACCAUCCUGAUUCCCCAGGUGGCCUACACCUACUCCACCACCGUCAGCCCUGCCGUCCCCGAGCCGCCCCUGAAAGUGGUCCAGCCAAACGGAACCCAGGAUGAAAGGCAAGACACUAGCUCAGAAGGAGUAUCAAACGUGGAGGAUCAGAAUGACUCUGAUUCCACACCACCCAAAAAGAAAAUGCGGAAGACAGAAAAUGGAAUGUAUGCUUGUGAUUUGUGUGAUAAGAUAUUCCAAAAGAGUAGCUCAUUAUUGAGACAUAAAUAUGAACACACAGGGAAAAGACCUCACGAAUGUGGAAUCUGUAAAAAGGCCUUCAAACACAAACAUCAUUUGAUCGAACACAUGCGACUGCAUUCUGGAGAAAAGCCCUAUCAAUGUGACAAAUGUGGAAAGCGUUUCUCACACUCCGGGUCGUACUCUCAGCACAUGAACCAUCGCUACUCCUACUGCAAGAGGGAAGCCGAGGAGCGCGACGGCGCCGAGCAGGACGAGGCGGGCAGCGAGGGGCUGGUGGAGGGGCUGGCGGCCGCCCGCGCCUCGCCCUCGCAGGCCGACUCGGACGAGCGGGAGAGCCUGGCCAGGGAGGAGGAGGACAGCGACAAGGAGGAGGAGGAGGAGGGGAAGGAGGCGGAAGAACUGCGGGAGGAAAAGGAGUGCGGCAGACCCCGAGGGGAGGAGGCGGAGGACGAGGAGGAGGAGGGGGAGGAGGAGGGGGGGGAGGAGGAGGGGGGGGAGGAGGGGGAGGAGGCGGGGGGGCAGGGGGCGGAGGCGGAAGGAACGGAAGCGGAAGGUGCCCUGAAGGAUGGCGGAGCGGUGAGUCAGGCGAGCAGCCUGGAAGAGGAAGGGAGCGGGAGUAGUGGGCAAGUGUCUGAAGAGAAAACGAAUGAAACCUAAUAGUUUUUCUAGAAGGAAAAUAAAUUCUAAUUGGUAAUGAAGUUUGUUCUAUGUUAUACAUGCUUUUCACGAAAACACAGUAACCUGUAUACUGUGAUUUCUGUUCACUACUGUGUAAAGUAAAAAUUUAAAAAAAUACAAAAUACGAAAAAAAAAAACCCACAAAAAAAAAAAAAUCCGGGUGUGCCUGAACCUCAGACCUAGUAGUUUUUCAUGCAGUUUUCAAAGUUAGGAACAAGUUUGUAAGAUAAAGCAGAUUAGAAAUCUUUAGCGACUCAGAAAGCAAAGAUUUAACAGGUUAAAGGAAACUGAUUAACUAGAUAAGCAUCUGGCAUUGUUUCAUUUUAUCAGUAUUAAUUAUCACUUUUGUUGGUUUAUUCUUGAGCUGUACAAUUGGGAGAGAUUUUAUAAUUUUUUUAUUGGUAAACAUAUGCUAAAUCCGCUUCAGUAUUUUAUUAUGUUUUUAAAAAUGUGAGAACUUCUGCACUACAAAAUUCCCUUCACAGAGAAGUAUAAUGCAGUUCAAACCGUGCUAACUACCUUUUAUAAAUUCAAUCUAGAAGGUAGUGAUUUAUAAUAUUUAGGUGUCAUAGUAGAGCAUAUUAUCAUUUAAAGUGUAUUGUUAGCCUUAAGAAAGCAGCCGGUAGAAGAACUGAAGUUUCUUACUCAUGUGGUUUAAAAUGUAGUUCAAGAGAUGGUCAAUUGAGUUCUGAUUGCAGGGACUAACUGUGCAAACUGGUAAGGACAGCAGAGUCGUCGGAAUCAGUGUUUGUAAUUGUGUUUGAGUACGUGGUGACACACAUGAAGGACAUGAUAUGAAGCUUUGUAUCUCCUUUGGCCUUAAGCAAGACCUGUGUGCUGUAAGUGCCAUUUAUCAGUAUUUUCAAGGCCCUUCGCUGCCUCUGUUCAAUGUGUGGCCUACAAUAACUAGCAUUUGUUGAUUUGUUUGUCGUCUCAAAAUUCCAAAAUAAAACUUAAAACCACUGACUCCGUCAGAGAAACCGAAACACUGGGACAUUUCAUCCUUUAAUUCCUCAGUAUACAUUUUGUGUUAAUUGACUUUUGGAAUUUCUCUACAGAAAUGAAAGGGAAAUUUCCUAAUCUGCUUUCUCCACGUACUUGCAUUUCAGACAUGGACAUGUCAUUGUCAUUUGGCGCAUAAUUGUUUCCAAAUGUUAGUUAUUAUGGACCCAAUGUAUUAACAACAUUAGCUGAUUUUUACCUGUCAGUAUUACUUUGUUUCUUUUAGUUAUAGCUCUGUGCAACAUUUUUGUACUGUAUGUCUUCAAACCUGGCAGUAUUAAUACCCUUCUUACUGACAUAUGUACUUUUAGUUUUAGAAAACUUUUAUAUUUAUGUGUCUUAUUUUUAUAUUUCUUUAUUUAUUACACAGUGUAGUGUAUAAUACGGUAGUUUGUAUUAAUACAAUAAUAUAUUUUAGUAUGAAAAUUUGGAAAGUUGAUAAGAUUUAAAGUAGAGAUGCAAUUGGUUCUCUUGCAUUGAGAUUUGAUUUAACAGUGUUAUGUUAACAUUUAUACUUGCCUUGGUGUGUAGAACAGAAUUUAAAUGGGAAUGUAUUAGUUUUACAACUACAAUCAAUCAUUUUACCUUUACCCAGUUUUUAAUAUAAAACCCUUAAAUUUUGAAAUUCACUGAGUGACUAAUAGCAUGAUGAUCUGCAGUUUUAUUAAGAGAUUAGCCUAACCAUAAAACUCUCAUUUCCUUAGUGAGCCAAAUUAGGAUAACCUUAUAUAAACAGUGUUGGGAACAACGUUUAACAUUUUUGUGCCAAUUUGUUCCUGUAUUCAUGUAUGUAAGUUACAAAUCUGACUCUUCAUUUUUAAGUUCCUUGUUACACCAUGGUCAUUUUCUAGUUUUUUACCAGACUCCCCCAUCUCACAAUAAAAUGCAUCAACAAGCCUGA